AUAAGUACCGACCCUGAUAACACAUUAUCAACGCUUAAAGGUUAGAAGUAGGCAGAUUAACUUUAAAACAUUAGCUCAACAUGAAUGACAAAAGGCAGAAACUUUGUUCCGCAUUGGAUGCGCUGAAAAAACACACAACUGUUGUUGCAGAUACUGGUGACAUUAAAGCGAUUGCCCAGUAUCUGCCUCAAGAUGCUACAACAAAUCCAUCUCUGUUAUUGGCAGCUGCAAAAAUGCCAGAGUAUGACAGUAUCAUCAAUGAGGCAAUUCAGUAUGGUAAAAGUCAAGCAAGUGAUGUCAAUGCACAAGUCACUGCAGCCAUGGAUAAGUUGUUUGUCAGCUUUGGAAUUGAAAUCUUAAAGACAGUCCCUGGAAGAGUUUCAACAGAAGUGGAUGCUCGUUUGUCUUUUGAUGUUGAAGGAUCCGUAGCUAAAGGGAAGAAAUUCAUCUCAUUAUAUGAAGCUGCUGGUGUUUCAAGAGAUAGAGUCUUGAUAAAGCUUAGUUCAACAUGGGAGGGGGUGCUGGCAGCUAAGCAACUGGAAGCAGAAGGGAUACACUGUAACAUGACACUUCUCUUUUCCUUUGCUCAGGCAGUAGCAUGUGCAGAAGCAGGCGUGACUCUCAUUUCACCAUUUGUUGGUCGCAUCUAUGACUGGUAUGUAAAGAAUACUGGCCAAAAGGAUUAUGCACUUUUGGAAGAUCCAGGUGUAAAGAGUGUGACUAAGAUAUACAACCAUUACAAACGACAUGGUUACAAUACUGUGGUUAUGGGCGCAUCUUUCCGCAACACAAACCAAAUUAAAGCACUCUGCGGAUGUGAUUUACUGACCAUUUCACCAAAGCUGUUAGAGCAAUUGCAAAGUGACGAUACAGAUGUUCCAAAACAACUUUCAACUGAUAAUGCAGCACUUACAAAUGGACCAAAGAUCUCAUUAUCUGAAGCUGAAUUUCGUUACCAACACAACCAAGAUGCCAUGGCUGUUGAAAAACUAGCUGAAGGGAUUCGUAAGUUUGCUGAAGAUGCUGUGAAGCUGGAAAACAUGCUCAAGGAAAGGAUGUCUGCAUGAAGUGGGGAUAAAGUUAAUCAACAGUAGGCAGUAUUCCAUACAAUGAGAUUACCCAGGAUUGUGCCUUACAAAUUUAAUUCCAAAUGUAUCAUACCACACUGCCUGUAUAUUGCUCAUACACCAAUCAAAUUGUAAUCAUCUCGUAUUCCUAUUUUACCCGGACAGUAGUUUGUUUAUACUGCAGUAAGUAAACUGCUCAGUGCUCAUAUAUUCAUUGCUGUACAAUGUCUAUGCACCACUUUAACAGUUGCACCCAUUUCUAAACCAUGAUUGAAUUAGAUACUAGUAUCACUUGUAUAUAAUAUGUAGUACUGUGGUGUAACAAUAAAUACAUUCAAGGGUA